UUUGUUUUUUGCAACCCUCCUUGAAUAGUAAUAUCGAUCCGUGCGUCUAGUGGAGAUGAAUGACAGGCUCUCGAACUGCUUAUCAUCGUCCUUAACUGGACUCUGUUCUCAGCAGUGAUAACGGGUUUAGUCUGGUUCAAUGCGUCACCACUGGAUCCCCCUCAGGCUGUUAACGUGGAUAUCCUCAUGCGCCAGCACACGCUCACCCUGAGGCACCCGCCUUUUGGCCCUCGUUGCCUCCCCAAGCACAAGGUUGAACGUCUACGGGCAAUACCGGCAUCCAUGCCCGCGUGGUUCAUGAAGCUCUUAAACUCACUGCAGUUUAUCUUUCCACUCAUUCAGUUCGUGGUCACCAUGGUACUACUUGUCAUCGUCUGGUUCUUUUAGUAUCCUACCCUUUCCAGGUCUCUUGCCGGUUGUUCUUCCGCUAUCUCAAUCUGAGAACGAUCAUUUCCAUCUUCUGGCUUUUUGAAAUGUAUGUUUACCAACGUUGUUCUUCACUUCGAGAUUAAAUGAAGCUGGGUCUCGAGUGAUGGUCUUCUCCGUUCGGUCAUAUUUUGUUUCCUUUCAUUGUAGCAAGUAUAUGUUUGAACUUUGAAUUAUGAAUUACGAUAAAAUCAAAUCAAAUACUAUGACUUCGUUUCGAACUUCGGAUAGAUAGGCUUCCAUGAUUGUAGGGGAAUAUCCAAGAGCAGCAUCGCAAAUAUAAGCCCAGCGUUAAAUGAGAUCUCC